CCACUGAACGGAGAAAGAGCAAAGUCCUGUGCAGUUGAACCUACCACCAUGGGGAACAUUUUUGGGAAUCUGCUGAAGAGCCUGAUUGGCAAGAAGGAGAUGCGCAUUCUUAUGGUGGGCCUGGACGCUGCUGGGAAGACCACUAUUCUUUACAAACUCAAACUGGGAGAGAUUGUCACCACUAUCCCAACCAUUGGGUUCAACGUGGAAACAGUUGAGUACAAGAACAUCAGCUUCACUGUGUGGGAUGUGGGUGGCCAGGACAAGAUACGACCCCUUUGGCGGCACUACUUUCAGAACACCCAGGGUCUGAUCUUUGUGGUGGACAGCAAUGACCGGGAGCGAGUGAAUGAGGCCCGUGAAGAGCUGAUGCGGAUGCUGGCAGAGGACGAGCUGCGAGAUGCUGUUCUUCUUGUCUUUGCUAACAAGCAGGAUCUCCCCAAUGCCAUGAAUGCAGCAGAAAUCACAGACAAGCUCGGCCUGCACUCACUGCGCCACCGCAACUGGUAUAUCCAGGCCACCUGCGCCACAAGUGGAGACGGCCUCUAUGAAGGCUUGGAUUGGUUGGCCAACCAGCUGAAGAACAAGAAAUGAGUGUGUGGGGGGGAAUGGUGGGCCAAGCCCCUCCUUCUCUGUUUCAUUUUGGGUUGAUCCCCCCCUUCCCCCAGCCCCCCCUUUCUUUCCCUGUCGGGUUUGCUUUUCCCUUGCCGGCACCGGUUGCUGUGGGGUUGGGGUUGGAUGGGUUGGGGUUAAUUUUUGGGUUUUUUUCUCUUUUUCGGGUUCUGGCUCUGCCGGGAUUUUUUUGCACGGUCUCUGUGUGUGUGCGUGUGUGUGUGUGUGAUAAAUAUAUAUAUAUAGAUAAUAAAAUAUAUGGGCGUGGUGGGAGGGGUUGGGGCAGGUGGGGGUUGGGCGCCAAUUCUGUGGCCUUUUUCCCCUUUCUUUUUAAAAUUUCCUUUGGUCAGUUUUGUAUUUUCUUGGUGGUCUGUGAAACUUGGCUCUCUGACCAGAGGUGACCAGUACUCAGUGGCAGCUGCUUUCUUCCUUUCAUGUGCUGUUGGUUUGGGUGGAGUAGGGAAGCCAGGGGAUAAAGGCAGAAGGCAGAGAAGGUGCACGGGGAGGUAUAUAGCCACCAUGUGUGCUGGUAGGCAGGGACUAAUGGAUUUAGCACACUGCAAGCUUGGAACCCCUCUAGAAUACAGGGCUGUGGAUUAGCAACAGGCUCUUUUUUCCCUCCUGGGUUUCAGUUUUGUGAAGGGCAAAGAACAAUUCCCAUUCAUUCCCCCACCCCAUCCCUGUGUAUGUAGUCUUUCCAUCCUGUGUAUUGGGCAGUGCCCCCUGCUGGCAACAUUAAGACUGCAAUACUAGAGAUGCUGCUCUUCUGUGAACUUCAUGAACAAUGCAUGCGGUUAGCUACUCUGUGCUGCUAAGAAACUGCAUCUUUUAAAUCCCAGCCCAUAGACCGAAUGGCACUAGAAUGUUCCAAUAAUUCCUUUCUCCGGCGCCACAUGCAUUCCUCUGUCUUGCCCCCUUUCCCUCACGGACCAGCAUUAAUGGGCAUUGGCAUGAGCUGGUGCUGUAGAUUUGGGACCACUGCUCUCUAAAGCUGCCCAUAGCAAAAAGUUUCCCCUGCCAGCAUGCACCCUCUUUAGAGUGCAUGUGUGUGUAUACACACAGCACAUCUGAACUGUGGGUUCCCAAAACUAAAUACUUCUAUCAUGACCAAAUAUGCUGAUUCCUGUCUUGGAAAGUUUCACAGGGAUUUAUUUUUUUUUCAUGCCUACUAACUGCAUAGAUAUUGCCUCACUUAAUGGGUCACAUACUUCUCUCAUUCCCCUGCCCCUCCAACAUUUUCUGGCUCUAGUAAGGUUAUUUUUCCAUGUUUGUGAAAGUGGAGGGGUCUUCUUUCCUCCCCCUUCAAUUAUUUUGGGGGAAGGUAAUGAUUGUAUUAGGUUCAAACCCAGGUCACUGCAUGUAACUCUGAUCUGCCUCUGGAUAGUGUUGGUACUGUGUGCUCCCUUCCCCAUCUUGGCUAAUAUGUAUUUAUGCCUUUCUCUCCUCCCCCCCCCCACAUCUCCUUUUGUUUGGUGUAAAGUGCUCCACCUUCUUCUGAUUUUGUCCAUUCUCUGGGCCAUGACCCCCCCGGAUGUGUGUUUCUCGGCCCCCUGAACAGUUGGAUGCACCAUGACCUCUGUGCACCCUCCCGCAUUGGAUAUUAAACUUGUUUUAUGUA